AUGACCGAAAACAGGGGUCAGAUGACAAGUUUAAAGGUUGCAGGCAGCACUGUAAUAGAACCUCAGUCUGCUUCAUUCAGCCCUGAUGUCUCAUCUUCAUCUCCAAAACUUUGGAACUUCAGGAGAGUCAGCCACACAGAGGACAGCAGUCCUUAUCCAAUCCCUGGCCUAGCAGCAGACAUCCUGCACAUGCGGGUGAAAGAAGGAAGCAAGAUCCGCAACUUACUGCGGUUUGUAACAGCUCGCAUGCGUGAGGACAGAAGAGACAGUAACAGCACAUCAUUGAGACAGGUGGUUUUCACUGGCUCAGGCAGGGGACUCACUAAGACCAUCACCUGUGUGGAGAUUCUGAAACGUACAGUGGGAGGGUUGCACCAGGUAUCCAAACUCUACUACAAGACAGUGAAUGACAUUUGUGAGAAUCCACAACAGGGAGCACCAGAUGUAACCAUGCAGAGGACAGUCCCUGCCAUCUGUAUCCUGCUCUCCAAAGACCCUCUGGAUCCCCAGGAGCCUGGAUACCAGCCCCCCCAAACCCUGACUGUUCCCACAGAGGACACAGAGAGAUGUAGCGCUCCGGUUAGGCCAGACCUCAGUCCCCCCUCACAGAACACAGCCAAGAGACUCUGCCUGGAUGAGUGGAGUAUAUGUUCCCCAUGA